UUAUGGUUCUGCGAUAUGUUCGGGUUAGGAAGUCCAAAUGAGCCCAGUUCAUCACGCAGCUCAGACCAAAGCGAAAAAGAGAAAUGCUCCAAAUGGAAAAGGAAGGAGAAAAUUUUAAAAAAAGACACUGCCAGCUUAGUGUCAGUGACUGAGCACGAGGAAGAAAUGACGGAAUAUUGGCUAGUAUCCGCCCCAGGCGAUAAAACUUGCCAGCAGACAUGGGAAACUAUGAAUAACACAACAUCCAAGCAAAACUCCCUAUGUACAAAUUACAAGUUUCACAUUCCAGAUCUAAAGGUGGGUACUUUGGAUCAACUAGUUGGCCUGUCCGAUGACCUGGGAAAACUGGACGCUUUCGUCGAGCAAGUGACUCGCAAAGUGGCGUCGUACUUGGGCGAAGUGCUCGAGGAUCAGCGUGAUAAGUUGCAGGAGAACUUGAUGGCCAACAAUACUGACCUUCCAAGUUACCUGACUCGAUUCCAGUGGGACAUUGCCAAAUACCCUAUUAAGCAAUCUUUGAGAAACAUCGCUGAUAUUAUCAGCAAGCAAGUGGGACAGAUCGAUGCUGAUCUUAAGACCAAGUCAUCGGCCUACAAUAAUCUGAAAGGCAGUCUGCAAAGCUUGGAAAAGAAGCAAACAGGAAGCUUGUUGACUAGAAAUCUGGCCGAUCUCGUCAAGAAGGAGCAUUUCAUCCUGGACUCUGAGUAUUUGCAGACCCUGAUCGUGAUUGUUCCCAAGAAUUCGUUCCAAGAAUGGAACGCCACUUACGAAAAGAUUACUGAUAUGAUUGUGCCAAGAUCUUCGCAACUCAUCACUCAGGAUAACGAGUUCGGGCUAUAUACAGUGACUUUGUUCAAAAAGGUUAUUGACGAGUUCAAGCAUCAUGCCAGAGAAAGGAAGUUUAUUGUGCGAGAUUUUACAUACGAUGAGGAACAGCUGGCUGCUGGCAAGAACGAAAUAACUAAACUGGCUACCGAUAAAAAGAAACAGUUUGGCCCAUUAGUGAGAUGGUUAAAGGUCAAUUUCAGUGAGUGUUUCUGUGCAUGGAUACACGUCAAGGCGCUCAGAGUGUUCGUCGAAUCGGUCUUGCGGUAUGGUUUGCCAGUGAAUUUUCAAGCAAUUCUGAUUCAUCCCCAUAAAAAGACCAUGAAACGUCUGAGAGAUGUUCUGAACCAGCUGUAUGGUCAUCUUGAUGGUAGUGUCGGACAUCAAGGGGCAAAUAUGGAUAAUGUUGACAUUCCUGGUUUGGGCUUCGGCCAGUCCGAGUAUUAUCCAUACGUCUACUACAAGUUGAAUGUGGACAUGAUCGAAACCAAGCAGCUCUAAAGUCGCGCCUUACUACGUGUAUAAAUCCUUUAUGUAUAGUUCAAUUGAUUUACAUAGGUCCAAAAAUGAUAUUUCACAAAUAUUGAUUCCAUUUUUCUUGAGUAUAUUAUAGUAGGUUUUGUCUAGCACAACUGCUGUGGUUUGAUUGCUAUUAAUUAUUAACUUGAUUGUGCAUGUUAUAGGGUGAUGAUGAGUAUUGUUAAGUACCGAAAUUUGAUCAGUAUUUUUGCCUAAUGGUGCUUGCAGGUACUCAAAAAAUGUUUGCAAUGGAAAAUAAUUACGGUCACCCUGUAAAAAUAAUCAAUUGACAUAAUUUUAACCGAAAAAAAUGCAAUAAACAACAUAUAUAUAAGCUGAUAUUGAAGCUUGCAGAACUCCGAAGACAAUACUGUAAUUGUGUAAUUUUCCCCAUUCGCAUUUUUGUGCGAACAGCCAGUUUACUUGUUAGUUCAGUAUUGUGCUCAUUGUAAAUACCAUGUAAAUAUUUGCAGAAAUAUGUGUAAAAUUUUGAACAAUAUUCACGCAAUUGAUUGUUUAUUAACGCGUUAUUGUACUAUUCCGAUGAAAUGGCCGAUUUUCUGGUUAGCUAUAUAGAAAAAGAUAUAUGAAAUAUGUGCUACAAAUACUACUUAGAGACAACAUAUUUUCGAAAACAUUGUUAUUGUCAAUAAAUAUUUAGAAUAUUGGAAGUUUGUUGAUGGCGUUGGCGCAAACAGAUUACAUUUUGUUUUAACAUUUAUGUUUGUUAGUUAAAUAAAAGUUAUUUUAGA